UAUGAACUCUGGAUUGAACAACUAAAAUUCUUUAUUGUAGCAACUAACUCCUGCUUAACUUGAGGAAUAUUCACAACAGUUUAGGUAUGAUUAUAUACACAUUUCAACCUUAUUGUAUAACCUGAUUAGCUUUUAUAAUACAUUCGGCAAUUAAUUACUUAUUUUAGAUAAUAGCAAUUUUUGAGUGCUUUCCUGAAUCUUAAGACAUUAGUAUUUCCAGGCUUAUUCUAACAAUUUUAAGAGAAUACCAAUAGAACCCCCCAAGCAUCAGAUCUGUUAAAUAGUAAUUUUGGUAAGAUAUAAUCAAGUUCAUCUUUAAUUAUGAUCUAAUGACCUUAUAGUUUUUUUAAUUUACCUUAUUUUAUUGUAGGUUUUGGAAGUGUGCCAAAUUAAUUGGAUUAUUCAAAAUUAUUACAGAAAAGCCUUUAGAUGACAAAUGCAGCUUCUUUGAAUCCUUAUCUAUCUAAUUAAUUGUUUUGUUAAGUAGGAUUAGGGAAUUAAAAGAAAACUAAUAAUAUUCAUAAUCCAAUUACUGUUGAAGAUGAUGAACCAUAAUAAGUUUAGAAAUGUCACAAUUAAAAAUGCAAUAAUAAAGGUGAUCGAAAAGCUAAAUCAAAAAACGGUGAUGCCCUUUAAUUUUGUGAAAAAUGUUUGAGAUUAUACACUCGUGGAAAUUAUUGUGAUUUUUGUGAAUAGGUAUUAAGAAUUAAUAUAGAAUUUCUUUAGGUAUAUACAAAUGGUAUUAAUGAUUAAGAUGAAUAAGAAUGGAUAUAAUGUGAUAUUUGUGAAAAAUGGGUAAUCUUUUAAAUAAUUUUAAAGAACCACUUAAAUUGUGAAGCUAAAUUUAGGAAUCAAAACAUUAAAGAAGAAACUGAAAAUAAAGUUUAUCAUUGUUUAAAUUGUUCUAAAUCUAUAAAGAAACAAUAAUAAUAGACAAAUAAUUCUCAAUAGCAAAAGAAAUAGGAAAAAUCUAAUGAAGAAUAUUAACCUAAAUAGAGAUAAAUAAUAGAAUGUGAGGAUAAUAGAAUAAAAGAAAAAAACAUUAAUUUUGUAGCAACUAAAGAUAACAAAGUUUAAUUUAGUAAAUUAAAUUAUUUAUAAAUUUAUUAGCAUUCAGAUUGAAUCUGUAUGAGGAUGAAAUUAAAUAAGAUUUAGAUUUUCUUCGAAACGCUGGAAAAAAAUUGAUAAAGAAGUAAAAUUAAAUAGAUUCUCCUUAAAUGAAAAUUAAUACUAUGCAAUAUUAAUAAUUAUAAUAAUCAUAAUAAUAAUAAGAUGAGAAGGUAGUAAUUCUAUAUAUUUUAAAAUAGAAUUCUGAAUUUUAAGUAAAUAAUAGAUUGAGAACAAGACCAAAUAAUAAAAAUAAAGUGAAUUACAGAUAUUUAGGGGGUGAAUGA